GUGUCACCAGGUGUUAUUGGUAUAAUUUUCACUUCUCCUUGGAACACGGAAUUCUCGACUAAAUUAUGAAAAAUUUAUUCCAAACUGAAUAAAAUAACGACCACUUUUCACACAUUUUCUACUUCUAGUAUUCGAAUUUUCGCUUGUGUUGUACCGUAUUCCUCAUCGAUUAUCAACGAAAGAAAAUCUUGUAAAUAUCAAAUCCUUAUAUUUCACGUUCCUAAUUUAUAUUUUCAAUAAUUAAUUCAUUGAAAAAAGAGCAACACAAUGGGCGAGUCUCACCCCGACACUACGACGCUGCCAUCGAAGCUGGAGCGCGUGCUGGAGUGCAAGCAGGGCGCUGUGCGGGCCGUGAGGUUCAACGUGGACGGCGGCUACUGCCUGACGUGCGGGUCCGACAAGUCCGUGAAGCUGUGGAACCCUCACACCGGCGCCCUGCUCUGCACCUUCGCCGGCCACGGCUACGAGGUCCUCGACGCCAGGGGCUCUGCUGAUAACUCGCUGGUCGUGUCGGGGGGGCUGGACAAGUCGGUGAUGGUGUGGGACAUGAGACUGACAUGGGCAGGCUGGUGCUGGGACCUCAGGGCGCGCAGGAGGGAUCCUAUACAGGUGCUGGACGAGGCGAAGGACAGCGUGAUGUCCGUGAGCGUCGCCGGCCACGAGCUUCUCUCCGCGUCGCUGGACUGCAACACGCGCGUCUACGACCUCAGGAACGGCCGCCUCACUGCCAACUGCUUGGGGCAGGGAAUUGAAUGCUGUUUCAACGACCGCGACACGCACGUCUUCUCCGGCUCAGAGGACGGCCACGUGUAUUGCUGGGACCUGAUCACGUCCAACAUUUCCUACAAGUGA